AACAUUAUUCUCGCCGAGCGAUUUUUUGUGUGGUAAUGGCUUUUUGAUGAGGCUACAUGCUAACAUUCACGCGCAAAGGGACGCUCUGGACCGGGUUCUCUGCCAUGAGGAGGUUCGGGACGCGCCGUACUCGGAUUAUUUAAAGGUUUCUGGCGGUCAGCAAAAGGGCUUUACGCAAAAAACGCAGCCGAAGCGGAGCGGUGCUGAAGUUACAGCUACAAAAAAGCGAGAGGCCGCUAUUUAAAUAUAGUAAACAUAGCUACGUCGCCUGGAGGAGCACAAAGGUACAAGCCACCAAUGAGAAUGAGUUCCACGGGCAGCUGCUGAGCCAGAGGUGGACAAGAGGGGACAGAGUCAGCAGCUGGGAGAACAAGAGGAGCAAGAGAAUCAAAAUGAGCCAAGACACAGAAGAGAAGAGGACGCGGACUCGCUCGAAAGGCAUCAGAGUUCCUCUUGAGCUUGUGGGACAAGAAUACAGCUGCCCCACUCCUGGAUGUGAUGGUUUGGGUCACGUCAGUGGAAAAUAUGCUCGACACAGAAGUGCACUGGGUUGCCCAUUGGCCAAGAAAAGGAAACAGCAAGAAGCAGAGGAGAUCCAGGCAGCGUCUAAGAAGAAGCCCAAUCCCUUAAAGUUGGCUAUGGAUGAUGGAUUCAACGCAGACAGUGAUACAAACAGUGAGGCGGAACCAAAGGAUGAAGCCACAGAGUCUGAUGAGGAGACAGCAGAGAAAGUGAACGAGGAGGAGCCUAAGAAGAAGGAGGAAACACCAGAACCAAUAGCAGAUGUUCCCUGUGAAAAUCCUUCAGAAGUUGAAGCUGAAGAAAAACCCACAGAAGUUCCAGAAGUUCUAGAAGUUCCAGAAGUUCCCACUCCAGAACCUAAAGAAGAACCUGAAGAAGAACCCAAGAAAGAGGAGAUUGAGACGGAACCCACGCCCAUCCAGCAUGUCACAAUGGAGGCUGAGAGUGCUGAGGGGCUUCAAGUUGCAGAAGAGAUUCAGGCUGGUGAUGAAGAGGAUGGAGAGGAAGGUGCAGAGAUGACGGAUGAAGAGAGGAUGGCUCAGCAGCUAAAAGCUACAGAGGAACCCAUGCAGAUGGUGGAAGUAGAGGACUGUGAGGAUGAGGAGGAGCCUGAGGAGGAAGGUGAGGAGAGCCAGAGCCAGUGUACGAGUCAGAAGAACAAUUCGGACCACCAGUACUUCAGCGGAGACUACAGCAAAGUCCAGGCCAAAGAAAGCGAGGCUAAGACGAACUGCCCAGUAGACAAUGUAGAUGAAGAAGAAGAGGAGGAUGAAGAACAGGAGGAGGAGGAAGAGGAUGAAACGCAAACGAAGCCUGACCACUCCCCCUCCGCACUUACAGCCAACUUCCCAACUCAGGUAUCAGAACCAGAUGCCGCGAUGAACUGCAGUGAAAAGCUAGUUUCCCCCUUAUCCGAGGAUGAGGAGGAUGAAGAGGAGGAGGAUGAUGAUGACGACAUAGAAGAAGAGGAAGGAGAGGAGGUGCCCAACAAAGCCUCGCCCACAGUGGUCAUCGAGUUGCACUCUGAAGGAGACGAUGAAGACGAUGAUGAAGAUGAAGAAGAUGAGGGAGAGCUGCACUCUGAAGUAGAUGAAGCAGAAGAUGAGGAGAUGGACAGCAUGUCCCACAGGUCGGAGGUGACGGACGAGUCGGAGAUGUACGAUAUGACGCGGGGGAACCUGGGGCUGCUGGAGCAGGCCAUCGCGCUGAAGGCCGAGCAGAUCGGACGCAGUUCUGAGGAGAGCCUCUCCCCGCAGCAGCACAGCUACCACAGCCCAGAUGAGAGAGGCGGCAAAAUGCCAGAUCACGCAGCGCGCAGGGGAUACUACAGCAAAGAUGGUUCCAGAUCAGAGAAAAGAGAAAUUAAGUGCCCCACCCCAGGGUGUGAUGGGACAGGUCAUGUGACCGGUCUGUACCCUCACCACCGGAGCCUUUCUGGGUGCCCACAUAAGGAUAGGGUCCCUCCUGAGAUCUUGGCCAUGCAUGAGAAUGUGCUGAAAUGUCCCACACCCGGGUGCAACGGCCAGGGCCAUGUAAACAGCAACCGCAACACACACCGCAGUUUAUCUGGCUGUCCGAUUGCUGCUGCAGGGAAACACACGAAGAUUUACGAGAAGCAACCUCAGGCCCAGGCCUCAGUCAGCGAGCAGUCUGUUGGAGGCUCUAACUCAGACAGAGUACUCAGGCCGAUGUGUUUUGUGAAGCAGUUGGAGAUCCCUCAGUACGGUAGCUACAGGCCUAACGUGUUGCCAGCCACUCCUCGAGCCAACCUGGCCAAGGAGCUGGAGAAAUACUCCAAGGUGUCCUUUGACUAUGCAAGCUUUGACGUGCAGGUGUUUGGCAAGCGCAUGCUCGCCCCAAAGAUGCCCACCAGCGAAACCUCACCUAAAGCCUUCAAAUCAAAACCAUUCCCAAAAGCUUCCUCCCCAAGCCAGAGCUUAUCUGGAGGCUACGCCAAGAGCAGCUCCUCCUCCACUUCCAGCGGAUACGACUACUCCCACGAUGCCGAGGCCGCUCACAUGGCCGCCACUGCCAUCCUCAACCUGUCCACGCGCUGCUGGGAGAGACCAGAGAACCUUAGCACCAAGAUUCAGGAGCAGCCCAGCAAGGAGAUGGAUAUUGAAGUUGAUGAGAAUGGCACCCUGGACCUCAGCAUGAAGAAGCCUAAGAUGGAGGGUGUGAGGUCACCUGACCCUUCUUCCUCAUCCUCAUCAUUCUCACAGCAGCAUGGAGUCACCUCACCUAACUCUACUCACACCUACAAAGUAGAGGAGUGGGAGGGGCCUCUGGACUACACCAAGACAAGCCGACAGAAGGAGGAGGAGCCUGAGGAGGUGGAAUAUACCAUCCACUCCCACACAUCCUCUGAUGGAGAAGAUGACGAUAUCAUGCAGGAGAGUCUGGAGGACAGAAAGUACCCUGGUGAAGUCACAACUUCCAGCUUCAAAGUCAAGCUCCAACCCAAAGACCCCAAGAAAGAUCUCCUGCUAUGUCCCACCCCUGGAUGUGAUGGCAGUGGUCACAUAACCGGGAACUAUGCAUCUCACCGCAGUCUCUCUGGGUGUCCUCUUGCUGAUAAAAGUCUUCGGACCCUCAUGGCUGCCCACACUGGUGAACUCAACACUGUGCCCUCCAGAUGUCCCACACCUGGGUGUGAUGGAUCAGGACAUAUCACUGGAAACUACGCCUCACACAGAAGUUUAUCCGGAUGCCCUCGUGCCAAGAAGGGAGCAAUCAAAACGACGCCCACCAAGGACGACAAAGAAGAUUCAGAGCUGAUUAGGUGUCCUGUGCCUGGCUGUGACAGUCUGGGUCAUAUCAGUGGAAAAUACGCCACCCAUCGCAGUGCCUAUGGAUGCCCGCUGGCUGCACGGAGGCAGAAGGAGGGUCUGCUGAACGGCACGCCUUUCUCCUGGAAGUCUUUCAAGACGGAGGGUCCCACAUGUCCCACCCCAGGAUGUGACGGCUCAGGCCACGCUAACGGCAGCUUCCUCACACACCGCAGCCUAUCAGGAUGUCCUCGAGCUUCUGCCAACAAGAAAAGAGCACGGUUCCCCGGAGACGACUACAUCAGCAAGAAAUUCAGGGCGAGCGAUGUUCUGGAUAAUGAUGAAGACAUAAAGCAGCUGAACAAGGAGAUCUGUGAACUCAACGAGUCCAACUCAGAGAUGGAGGCAGACAUGGCCAACCUACACACACAGAUCUCAUCAAUGGAGAAGAAUCUAAAGAACAUGCAGGAGGAAAACAAACUCAUUGAGGAGAAAAACGAGGCUCUGUUCAUUGAGCUGUCUGGCCUGAGCCAGGCGCUUAUCCGCAGUUUGGCCAACGUCCGUCUCCCACAGAUGCAGGAGCCCAUCAGUGAGCAGAACUUUGACUCGUACGUGGACACUCUGACCCACAUGUUCUCCAACAAAGAGUGCUACCAGAACCCGGAGAACCGAGCCUUGCUGGAAUCCAUCAACCAAGCCGUGAAAGGCAUCGAGGUGUGAUGAGGAGUCGGAGGGCGAUAUCAGACAGACCGCUGGAAAGAAAAAGCGUGACAACCGUGAGACACUGUGGGUUGUAAAACAGACCACCAAUACUUCAUGUACUGUUAAAGGACAUCCAGGUUAUGUACGUGACGGCCCUGAAGACCAGGACAAGGAGGAGCGCUGCGCAGUUCAGAGGAAAAGGACCAAAUUCAGAAAUCCAGUCUUGCUGCUUUAACAUUUCAAUGACAAAAAAAAAAAUACGACCCUUAAAAAAGGUACUUCUUCUUCUUUGAGGUUAUUUUUGGACGUUGCCUCUUAUUAGCAAACAGCUCACACCCGUCCCGAUCUGCCUUUCUUACUCUUCUCAGCGAAACGGAGGUUGUCAUGAAAAAGCUGUGAGAUUGGUGUGUGUGUGUGUGUGUGUGUGUUUGUAUGUACAUGUGCGUAUGUACUGUAUGUUCGACAUUUAAUGUCUGAAGGUACUUUCAGAAUUCCUGACGUCCCCCUUUAUGAGUCAUGAUUAGGAAGCAGCACUGCUAUCGUUUGUUCCCUGUAUGAUGAUGUUGUCUCAUAUUUGGUGAAGACCUUGUUCCAGUCCCAUUUAGAAAUGGCCAUAGUAUUUGAGAACAUAGAUAUUGCACUUCCAUAAAUAGGUUGUAGUUCCAUGGUCAUAUUCUUCUUAUUAUUAUAAUGGUUACUAUUUAAAUUGAACCCUUAAUUAUGUAAUUAUUGUUUUAUUUAUUUAUUCAUGUUGAUUCAGGUGUUGAUUUUUUUUUUUGGUUAUUUAUUCAUCAGUGUCUAUUUAUGAGCUUAUUUAUUUUACACAAUAAAAUUCUAUACGCAGCUUUUUAACAGUCGAUAUAAUCAGAAUAUUUGACCUCUGUGUUGAAGAAGGAGGCAAUAUUUUAAAAAAUAAUAAUAAUUAUCCACAGCAAGCAUUUUAUAAACCUUCCUAUUUAUUUUAAAGACAGGGAUUUUUAAUCUCUUUUUUAAGUGCAAAUAUUUUCUAUCAAUUUUUUAUAUUAUUUUCUAAUAUUCUCUUUUAUUUAACGAGUUUUUGUUUUCCAUAAAAGUAUUUUGACACCCUCCACAGUGAAGUGGGUUGAACAGAUACAGUAUGAUGUAUUUAUUAUUAUUAUUAUUAUUAUUUAUUUAAUAUUUAAGUACAAAUUAAAUGGAGAUCUUGUUGCAAUAUUUAUUUUGUAAAUGUAUCUGUGUUAGUGACUGCUGCAUAUGGAUAGACUUUGCCCAUCUGUCGGUGAUGAAAUAAAAGGGAACUCUAUCACCUAAA